AUGGAAACAGAUCUGCAGGAACGAAAAGAGAUCAGAGACGACAUAGUCCUGCUCGGUCUCUUGGGGGGGUCAGCCUGGGUCCUGCCCGGUCUCUUGGGGGGGUCAGCCUGGGUCCUGCCCGGUCUCUUUGGGGGGGUCAGCCUGGGUCCUGCCCGGUCUCUUGGUGGGGUCAGCCUGGGUCCUGCCCGGUCUCUUGGAGGGGUCAGCCUGGGUCCUGCCCGGUCUCUUGGGGGGGUCAGCCUGGGUCCUGCCCGGUCUCUUGGAGGGGUCAGCCUGGGUCCUGCCCGGUCUCUUGGGGGGGUCUCUUGGAGGGGUCAGCCUGGGUCCUGGCCGUUCUCUUGGGGGGGGUUUCUUGGGGGGGUCAGCCUGGGUCCUGCCCGGUCUCUUGGUGGGGUCAGCCUGGGUCCUGGCCGGUCUCUUGGGGGGGUCAGCCUGGGUCCUUCACAGACCUCAGUCUCCUCUCAGCAGGAGGUGAUUUACGAGGCGCUGCAGCUGAUGGGAGGCGUGUUCUAG